AUGACCACCUUCCCGCUUCAGGCAGGUGAGAUCUGCUUCUACAAGAGCUCCGCUCAUGGCUGGAUUCCUGCGAAGGUGCAGAGCUACCGGACCGGCGAGGGAAGCUGUGAGCUAGACGUGAAGCCCGGAGCCAACGUGGACAACGUGUUUCGCCUGCUGGAUGGCACCGAGGUGGAGUACCACAGCGCGACGUCCAACAGCUGGAUCGCGGCCAGGCUGCUGCAGAAGGCUGCAGAGCCUGGGACGUUCGAUCUCGACUGCAAGAUGGCAGUGCCGAUCACAAAGAUCCGCCCGCCUCCGGAUGCCACUGGAGGACUGCAGCCCGCGGCAAAGCACAGGUCCCGCGGCGGUGCGGCAGGGGCUACAACAGGCUUCUUCGACUGGUGGGGUGGCAGAGCAGAAGAACCUCCCAUGGACAAGGGCAAGGGCAAAGAUGGCAAGGGCAAGGGCAAAGACGACAUGGGCAAGGGCAAAGGCUACGAAGGCACCUUCGUUCCAAGCCCGGCUGGUGGGACAACGGCCGACGUGCGGCAGGGGCAAGGAGAUUGGGGAAUGUUCGGAGGCUAUGGAUGGGGAGGUGCACCUCGCAAGGCCUCUUUGUGGCGCUACUGUCCACAGGAUGGCCGCCACUUGGACAUCCGGUCCGAGCCCAACGUCGAUGGCGGUCGCUCUUUGCACUGUUUGGGUGCUGGCGACAUCUUUUGUGUGAGUCAGGAGAAACCAGGCCCGCAAGGGGUGAUUUACCUGGAGCUCGCUGAUGGUCGCGGCUGGGUCUUCGAUCACAAGCCCGGAUUCGGAAAGAUGUGUGAGAAGUACACUGUGGAGGAGGACGAUACCCCUGGGGCCUACGCGGUCAUCCACGAGCGCCUCGAGGUGACGAAGAAUAGGGCCUCGGUGGGCGGCGACACAGUCGGAAAGCUCACUGCUGGUACGACCAUUCAGGUCCUGGAGGUCGCCCAAGUCAGUGAGCAGAGUCGGGUACGAGGUCGCCUCGACUCCCCACAAGGCUGGGUCACUCUCUUCGAUGGCUCCACGGGCCUGCGUCACGCUGUCAAGUCGAGGAAACCUCCUGCACGUGCGGAGCGGAACGCAUGCAGCGUUUGGGGACGAUAG